AUGAGAACGAUAACGUUAGGGACAGUGAUAUCUACAUCCUUGCUGCUAGCUCUAGAAGCUGUGGAAGCUACAUCAUAUUUUUCACCGCGAACAAAUCUAGCAUUUCAACCUCGAUUGACGACAAGAUACUGCCUCGUGGAACAGGAUUGCCCCACCACUCGGCUAGCUGUUGAGGUGCUCCGAGGAGGAGCGUCCAAGAAGAGCAUAGAAGAAGAGGAAGAAGUGACAGAUGAGGAGACAGACGAUGAAGGCAGUGACAUUGAAUCGGAUGUGGAAGAGGAAGAGGAAGAGGAAGAAGAUGAGGCUGAAGAGGAUGAGUAUGACGCCGAAGAAUACGAUGAUGAGUAUGACGAAGAGGAAGAGGAGGAGGAGGAACAAGCGUCUGUGACUGUAGCUGAUCUAGGAGAUAUUGUAGAGCCAUAUUUUGUCCCAGCUCAACUUCAAUUGUAUGUCAUGUUGGGUUCCAUGAUGAUCACAAGAAAAAUUGAUAUGUUCAACCCCGUCGUCGUCAAGGUGAUUCGAUUCCUAUUCAUUGCUCAACUGAUUGUGCAGCAAAUCUUUAUUAUUUACGUUCGCAUCAUGGCAAAGAAGAACAAUGAUCGUACCCCGAUACAAACAACGAAUCCACUGUCAGAUAUACUGCAAAAGCAAAUGGGUCAGCAAGGUGGGAACGAUAUGGUAAAAAAUUUAGCAUCCUCGUUCCUCUCGUCCGAGACCACAGUGAGAGAAUACGAUAUGAAGCAGGCAUCCAACAUGCAAGGGGGAAUCAUCUUCAACAUGGCAUUCAACUGGUUCUUGCACUUCAAAAUGCAGAAGACGCAACCAUUGUUGAUGCAAAUCAUUACCGGAACCAUGCAACUAGUAUAUCAUCCACUCUUCCAAGUAUACAUCUUGGGAAGAAAUCUCGAGAGACCCUUCAAGACUCAAAUGACGGCUGCACAAAAAAUGAUGGAGGCGCAAAAAGAACAAGCAGAGAAGGGGGAAGCUACUGAGGAGGAAGAAAUAGAGAACGAUGAGGAGGAAGAGGUGGAAGAAGAGGAUCAAGAUGUCGAGGAGGAAGAAGAUGAAGGCGAUGAACCUGAUGAUGACGAUGACGACGAAGAAGAAGAUGCGACGGAAUCUGAAGUUGAAGAUGACAACGACGAUAGUGGAGAAGAAGAUUCGAGUAGAAGUAGUUAA